AUAUUCGUAACACUCUUACGACCCGCAUUCGCCGAAAGGAGGACUGCGAAAUAUCCGAAGAGCUCGCGGAAAUGGCGACGGUGCCGCCGCUCGCCGUGCUCGCCGCCGCCUCGGCCUCGGCUGCGCCGAGGGUUUGCAUCUCCGGAGCCUCAGUCCCCGAGCCCUUCCUCGGAACCCGCGCGCGUCUCCGCCUCCGCAGCGCGCCGCGGGGCGUCGCCUACGCCCUCCGCCGUAGGCCCUCCAAAUACAAGACUAAAAUCCAGAGCGAGGAGGAGGUGGUGGCUGCAGAAGAUGUCAUGGACGACGACGAGGAGGAUGGUGCAUUGGAAGCACUUUUCAAGCAGCUGGAAGAAGAUCUUGAGAAUGAUGAUUUGUCUGUCGAUGACGAUGAGGAUGAGAUAUCAGAAGAAGAUAUGGCCAGAUUUGAAAAGGAGUUGGCAGAAGCAAUUGAAGAAGUCGGUGGUGUUGCUGAAUCAGCAGGAGAUUCAUUACUGCGCUCUGCAGACCACGGUAGUGAUGAGAAACUAGAUGGGGGCGAACGACCAGAGCUGAAAACCUGGCAACUCAGGAGAUUGGCUCGUGCGCUGAAAAUAGGUCGGCGUAAAACUAGUAUAAAGAAUCUUGCAGGGGAGUUAGGCUUAGAUAGGGCUUUGGUCAUUGAACUGCUCCGCAAUCCACCACCAAAACUUCUACUCAUGUCUGAUUCUUUGCCUGAUGAAGCCCCUUCUAAGCCUGAAGUGAAGGAACUAGAACCCCCUAGUUCAGCCACAGUUGAUGAGGUCGAUACCACUGAAACUAAGCCGCAGGAGGAGCUUCCAGUUCAUGUCAUGAGUGCAGAAUGGUCUGCACGGAAAAGACUAAAAAAGGUGCAACUUGAGACCUUGGAAAGAGUCUAUUUGCGGAGUAAACGCCCCACGAAUACAAUGAUCAGCAGCAUAGUUCAAGUGACAAAUCUUCCACGAAAGACCAUUGUUAAGUGGUUUGAGGAUAGAAGGGAACAAGAUGGAGUCCCUGACCAUCAUGUUGCAUUCAAGAGAUCUUUAUCUGAGACUGUAGCUAGUUCAUAACUUCUUCAGAUAAGCCUUUAUUAUAGUGUUUGCAUGGAAACCAUUACGAGCCUGUAAUUUGAACUUUUAAAGUAUGACAAGUUUUUGCAAGCCCAACAUGGACUAUCUUUACAUUGUAGCAAUAAUAACAGAUCAGCCAGUGUGACAGGUACACCUCCUAACUGUCACUUACAUUUUAAUUAGCUUCACACUGGACCGCCAUUUUGGCUAAUGGCUUCAGUAAAAGUUAUAGGUCUGUUGACCAGAUCUUGAUUUGCUGAGCGAUAAAUUCCUGUAGAUUAUUUCGCUUUGUUUGUUUAGAGCCUUAAGCGUGGCAUUUCACAUGAUCUUUGUCAUAGCCUUGUUUCUGUGGGGCAUGUGCCCUGUAUUUUUAUUUCUAAUUCUUUUGCAAGUGAUGCAAGAUCUCCCAUGGUAUUAUUCUAUUAGGUGAGCUAAAAGUGAAGAUUUAUGACAAUCAAUAUCAGAGGUUAGGACGAGGCAGUGACAGCAUAACUGACACCAUGCAUAAGAAGCAUGAAGUAAUGUUAAUGGCCUAACCAACUAUAUUUGUGGUCCAACUGGUUAACUGUAUAGUAAUAACUGGGUCGGUGCCUUUUGUUUGCAUAUGGUCUACUAGACCCGUUUUCAGAGCUGUGAUUCGAUGUUCAUGCCUUUGCUUGAAUCUUGGGUUUUGGGUAGGUCAGUUAUAGUCUGUACUUUUACCUUCGGUGCCUGAAACCCAUGCUGCUCUGAACCUAACUUCAAUCAAAAUGUCUUGUUGUUUUCAAUUAAAUAGUUUGUUCUGGCGAGUCUGCAAUCUGGACUGGUCAUCGCAUCAACAGGAUCAGAUGGUAGGCAAUAAUUUUCAGUGAUUAGAUAUUUAGAUGAUAGGUGUAUCCAGAGAGAUCUCUUGUGAUUAGGGUAUACCCCGAGGGUGGCUGGAGAUACAUGAGAGCAUGGAGACAUGAAAAAGGAAAAAUGCUUAUAAUAGUUGGUAAUUUAUAUGUCAAAUCGUUUGCUGCAACGGAAGUUUUUACUAUUUCCCUCUUAGAAUAAAAUCAUUUUUUUAGUUCAAUGAACUUUUUAAUUUUGUAUGCUGCACUAUAUAUACACAGUCUGACUUUUUUGGGGGCAGUGUGCCAUACUUUGUUAUUGGUGAAUAGCAACGGUACACAUAUGACGUGUCUUUAAGGGCACUACCGUACAGCCUUUGUUUUCCUCUAGCCUGUACAAUGAUGUUUGGCUGUAAACUGAUAGCCUGAUACUCCUUACUAGAGUUGAGUACAAUUGCCAAUUGCCAUUUUCCUUUGUUUCUUCCCCUGGGCCCUCUGGACUUUUUCUUCACUUGUACUAGUCAAUCUUUGUUGGAUAUGUUUAACGUUUUCAUGGCAACGCAUAUCAUACACCUUAAAUCUAAAUGAGACUCCUGUUGUAUCAAUUAUUAUUGAAACAUUGUCAAACUAUACGGUGGAAUGUAGAAACUGUUGAAGAGCGCAUGCACAUUUUCUGGUAGCUCUCAGGAAAUUGUCUUCCACCUGCAGUGGGUUGUUUGUGAUGGACAUCUAGCUGCUUCUAUGCACUUGUCUUCUUUUCCUCCACAUGCUCAUGGUGGGAAAGUAAAACCCUGGCAUGUGCUACAAAAAUAGAAAAUCAUGUGUGUCUAAUAUUCUAAUCUUAUGUGUUCUUAUACACUGUUCUUCAUGCAGAUAAAAUAAUCUCUGCAGAACCCAGUUAGUUACUGGAAAACAGCCCCAGGCACCUUUCCAUGGCACCGGCUGUUGACUGCUCUGCUGUCUGCACACUAAUGGCUGUCUCUGUCCGUUUACAUAUAUAACACAGCCGGGACCUGCAGAGGCGGGCAGCUCAGAAGAAGCAAACCCGUCCGGUUCAUCCUUACCCUUUGUUCUCCAUCUCACACUUGCAGAUAAGCUGGUUCCUCUUGCGGAGAAGGGAGGUGGAUAGUUGCCCAUGGCCGGGUUGCAAAGGUCGGCGACGACCUUCAGAAGGUCGGGCUCCUCCGGCCUGGUCUGGGACGAGCGUUUCCUCACCGAGGCCGACGCGGAGGCAAAGGCUGCCGAUGGCGCCACGGAGGAGCCCCAGCCGGAGCUGCGGCACUCCCGGAGCGUCGGGAGCAUCGGCAUGCUGCGGCGCGGCGGUGCCGGCGACGGUGACGACAAGAAGGCGAAGGAGAAGAAGAAGCAGCAGAAGCAGGGGCACAAGGAGGAAUCGCGCAGCAACCAGCAGGUGUUCCGGACCAAGGACGUGGCCCCGGACGUCGACCCGCCAUCGCCACGAGUGUCCGGCUGCAUCCUCUGCACCAUCUUCGGCGGCUCCAGCUCCGGUUCCGGCACGGCGCGCCGCCGGCCCAACAAGCCCAGGAAGAAGUGACAGCCCCGCAGCACGUACGUAACGCUGCUGGUGCAGCUGUUAGUUUUUUUCCCACUGUAAAGUUUGAGCCAUGGAUGUGAGCGCACAUGUUUAUACUAGAGUCACAGUCAGAUGAGCUUUGGUACUCGAUA